AUGGAGAAAGGGGGUCAGGAUGAGGUCAUUGAAUUGUACGUAAGGUUAAGAUCUGAGAAGUUGGUGGUCGGAAACGAGCUGGAUACACUAAGGGACUUAAACAAAGCAUUCCGGGAUAAUUUGCUUCAUCUGGAGGAGCAGAUAUGGAUCACACAACAGGAGAAAGUAAUCUUUCGAAAUUUUGAACAUUUAAGAAUAUGCUUUACAACUGUUUAACUUAUGGUUAACAACUUUGUUUCAGUGUAUAUGGCGAAGAUUCAAGUACUCAGACCCUUCAGUUCAUUCACAGAACGUUGGAUUCCUUCUGAAGACGUUACAAAACACAAAGUUUGUCCUGGGGCAUCGUGUUUUGAGUCAUAAUGCUACAUUAAUAUCUGAAGUACUCAAAGUGUAUCUUCAGCAUCCUCAGGCGAUAGCUGAGUGUUUGAAUAACGUUGAAUUGGGUGUAAACAAACGUUCCACGGCUCUUUCCAUUGACGAUAUGUGUAGAUGCAUAUUUAACGUUGUUUAUGGAGCUGCCUUAUUGCCUUCUGACGAGAGAAUAUUUCUGGAGUUACUUUCUAACUUGAUCUCCCUACAACUUAGUUCAAAGUCUGAUCCUCGGAAGUACUUGAGGAAGGGAGCAAGUGUAUUUUGCAAGAUGUACAGUCUUUUCUCGGAACAACUCUAUUCGGCCAAAGUAAGUCAUGUUUAUCUUUUUAUAAAUUUUAGGAGUAUUUGAGCUUUUGAUCUAAUAUAAUUAAGUUAUUAUUGUUCAUUAUUUUAGGUUUUCUUAACAGCCGCUCUGCACGAACCUAUAAUGUCAUUGUUGAGUCAAGACGAGAUAUUUUUGGAUGUAGAUCCGUCUAAAAGCCCAAUUAGGUUAACACCAGAUGAAAGAAAGCGGAAGUUUGGUUUGGAUGAGAAUUCAGUACAAUACAAAGAGAAGUUGACUGCUUAUCGACGAGUUAUAGCAGAAAAACUGUUUAGAGUCUGUUUACAAUUUGUUAAAAGUAAGAUUUUAAAAUUUUUUAUUAAAAUCUUAUUUUUAUUUGUAAUUAUUUUUUGCUUUUAGAAUAUGUGUUGUUUUAGGUAUCCAGGAAGCCGUUUCGUGCUUUCCAGCUAGUCUAACAUGGCUGGUCAGGCAACUGAAGACAAGUUUAUUGGACAGAAAACGGGUCAGUCGGGAAGAAGUAAGUAGAUCAAUACUUUACACUUUAUAUGUCUAUAGUAUUAACAAAAUUUAAAUGCUAGUUUUAAAACGAGUCUACUUUUAGGCUGAACUUAUUUGCACAGACAUGAUCUUCACCAACUUUAUCUGUCCUGCAAUGAUCAACCCCGAACCUCAUGGCAUAAUAACUGACACACCAAUAAGUCAUGUCGCCAGAUUCAAUUUGAUGCAAGUUGGUCAGAUCAUUCAGGCUUUGGCAUUAUGCCCGUACGAAGGACAACCGGCUUACAUGAUUAAUAUCCUUCAGAUGUUUGCCGACAAUCCAAUGCCAGAUUUUGUCAAAAGUGUGCUGAGGAAUGAUGCUGUCACUCUGGACUCUAUGUUCCCAGCUAUGGUCGAGAAUGACGAAGGAACAGAUAUAUAUAGUAGACGGAACUUCAUAGCUACAAUUGAAGAAGCUUCACUUUUGGUAAGACAUACUAAUUUAGAUUUAUUCAAAUUUAGAUGCAAUGUUUAAAAGGACAAGGAGUGGAUGCAAUUUCUGAUGAAACUGUCAGAAACAAGCUAAAGCAAUUGUUCAGAAAGCUACCUGAAGAUCUGGUAGCUGUUAAGAUGACAAAAGAAGAAUACGGAACUCCUAAGGCACCAUUACCUAGAAGUUCGUCUGGUCGUUUACGGAUUUUAGCUGAUAAAGUGCAGAAUGUAGCCAAGACUCAACAUCAAAAACUUUUAACAAAUCUGCCUGGCAACAAUGGGGUCAGCAAUGAAGAGAAGACAGAAGUUACACAACCAAGUGAAGAAGUGACAGAAGUAUUGGUGUUUGAGUUUAGCCAUGGCUUUAUUCCUUUGGGUAUGGAGCCAGAAGACAAGGUUAUGAGUAAUGCCAAAACAAGAAACGAAAAGAGUGGAAAUCUGGAGAAUUCGACGGUGAAGAAGACCAGAUUCAAGGCUACUGAAAGUGUUGGUAAGGUUAUUGUAAUCUUUGAUGCGAUUUUCACUAUAAUUAGAAAAAAGUUGAAAAGAAAAUUAUUGACAAAAUCACUUACUCGGUAUUGUUUUAGUGUCAGACAGAACUGGGACAACCGACGCUCAGAGUGAAGAUGACGAAGAGAUGGACGAAGCUGAAGGUGUGGGAUCUUUGUGCUCCUCUAUGAAUGACAACAUGGCUGAUGAUGAUGGAGAUGAGGAUGAAGACCCAGAAGAAGUUAGCACUUUACCCGACAACUUUAGUGAUAUGGUACCGAUCAGUGCCAAUGUGUCUGGCAGAGGAUCGCCUAGUUUGAGUGGCGGCCGAACUUCUGGUCGCGAAACGCCGUUUUCUCAAGGAGGCGGCAAUCCAGCCUUGGACCAGUCUGUGGCUUCAAUGGCUGUUAAUGAAUUGAGUGUUAACAACGAGUAUUGUAGAGUGUUACCUAAACUGCCAGUUACGGUAAGAAAACAGAACGCCGAAGGUCUGGAGGAGAAGUUUGGAAAGUUUGGGUUGCCGACUCAAGAUGGAUACAGGAACAGUAAGUAUUGCAUUACCUAAUUUUUAAGCUCAAUUUAGUUACAAAAAUAUUCAUAGGACUGCUACAACAAGGCUAUGUAUCCUUAAUUUAAUCUAACACUUAUAAACAAUAACUUUAGGAGACGAAACCUACUCGUUAGUUAGUGACAGCUGGUCGACGGAUGUUGUAGCGUCUGACAAUGAAGGUAUCAAUGAUCAACGUCAGGAACAGAACCUAGGGCCGCUGCCUCCACCGAUACCUCCAAGACUUCACGAAAGUCAGUCAACAGGUCAAAUCAUUGACAUCAGUGAUAACAACUCUCAUCAAGCUGGUCCUAGUGGAGUUGCUUUACCUCAUCCAGUGUCUUUGAGUUCGCGUGACAGAGAAAGGAUUGCUGAUGACAUUCUGAACAAGUACCGUUCUCCGAUGACUCCCAGUUCUUCUACUGGACCACUGUUCCGUCCUGCUGAUUCUAAACCUGAUGAAGUCGGUUAUUUUAAGGAAAUACGUAUAAUUUUAUAGUAUAGAUACUGUAAUUCAAAUAUUUAGUUUUUGGGAUUUGCAAUCUAUUUACUGAAGAAUAUUGUUUUAGGUAAACUACGAGCCUGCAGUAGCUUAUUUUGAUCCUACCAAUAUCACCAAAUGUAAAGCUUUUGCUGAUGCCAAAAGAAAGAUAAGAUUGGUAUUGAGUUCGGCCGAAAAUAUUCCGUCAAGUGUGACAUCAAAGCAAGCAACGACUACUGCUUCUCUGAACGUUGGAAACAAUGACAGCGAUGUUACGUAAGUUGUUAACGUUGUUCAUUUGUCUAUAAAAACGUUCUGAACAAGCAACUAUGUGUGGAUAUUUCAGUGUUGUACGUCUGAAUGAGCUUCUCAGGUUUCUGUUGGCCGAAUCCAUAAAUAACCAGAAUAGAAUCUUGUCAGCUCAGAUUCGCGAGGUACGCCGAUGUCUGUUUAUGUUCGACAACCGAGGUAUAAAGAAGCUAUUCAGGACAUUAAAGGAUGAACAUCGGGCAAGAACAAGCUACAUUAUGUAUCUACAACAAGCUCGUCUGUCUUUGUUGCAACUCAACUCUUACGUGAACAAGUUGUUGCUCAGAAUUGAACGGGAAAAGAACUUAAUGGGCGAUUGUUUGGUCGAUUUGUUGGUCAGGUAUUACUUGGAAAGGAGAGACAAGUUCAUUAAACGAUUUGUUAGCGAUUUCAGCAGACUCAACGUCCAGGCAUGUUUAUAUCAUAGAUUUAAAAAAUUCUUUUGUCACUACAUAUUUAGUUUUGUUUGUUAAUGUCACUUUUUUAAUUUAAGGACGAACGUGUUUAUGCAGUUGAGCGAACUCUCUGUAACUUGUUCGAACAAGUUGAUAUAGAGCCGAUUUGGAAGGAUUUUGAACAGGAACGGCUAAACGCUAUCAAGAUGACUAUGGACAGGAAUCUGAUGGGGCAGAUAUAUGGAGCUUCUUUAUACCCUAACGGCGAAGCUGAUGUGUAUCGGGACGAGUGAGUUUUCAAGUGAAAUCUUAAUGAUUACAACAGGAACUAUUGAGAAAACUAAUUUGGAAUUUUCAGUGUAUUCUUCAAGUCCCUUAAACUGAUAGCCAGCUCUAUCACUCCAGAUCAUCCAGAACUCGGUAUUCCCAAGAAGUACCACGGUGAAUGUCCUUGGCCUUCAGCCCAAGCGGAGGUAGCCAUUAUCAACGCAUACAAAGCUCCACGAGACAAACUGGCAUGUGUUAUGAGAUGUUGUCAGACGAUCGAAAGCCUCAUUCGACUGGCGUCAGGACGGAACGUAGCUUCAGCUGACGAUAUUACUCCAGUCUUAGUGUUUGUUCUACUCCAAGCUAAUCCACCAGCUUUGUUGUCUAACAUACAAUACAUCUCCAGCUAUUACGGUAAUCGUAUCGAAGGGGAAGAAGCCUACUGGUGGACCCAGUUCACAUCUGCUGUUGAGUUCUUGAAGCAGUUAUGCAACAAGCACUGA